AUUUAUAAGUACACAAGAACCAAAGCAAUGUUGCUUUAAGGCAGCGGCUACAGAGCAAAAAGGGCAACGCCUUUUUCAGAGAGUCAAAGAUAAGAAGAGAGAAACCACACAGAGAGUUGCAGAGAAGAAAAUAAUUGACCGCCAUUGAAACUCCAUAUAGAAGGGGAAAAAAAAAAAAACUUUGCAAAAUUGCAACACAACAAAAAAGAGAGAAAAAGAAGUAUAUAAAAGCUUCUUUUUCACUCAAAAGACUUCCAAAAUACCUCUGUUUGGUUCAGUAUUUAUCUCUAUUUUUCUUCCUCACUGAGCAACCCUUUUCCUCAAAAUUGAAACACAACAAAAACAAGAGAAAAAAGAAGUAUAUAAAAGCUUCAUUUUCACUCAAAGACUUCAAAAAUACCUCUGUUUGGUUCAGUAUUUAUCUCUUUCUUUCCCAUUUUUUCUUCCUUACUGAGCAACCCUUUUCCUCAAAUUUGUAACACAACAAAAACAAGAGAAAAAAGAAGUAUAUAAAAGCUUCAUUUUCACUCAAAAUCUUCAAAAAAUACCUCUGUUUGGCUCAGUAUUUGUCUCUUUUUUCCAUUUUCUUUUCCAAACUGAGCAACCCUUUUCCUUCAUUAGUAUUCUUAAGCUCCUUGACUCAAAUAUUCUUCAAAAAAAAAAAAAAAAAAACUCUGCUAAAUUUGUGGGGUUUUUAUAAAUAUUUCCAUUGGACUUUGCAACAUUUCAGGCAAAACUCAAAAGAGUUAUCGAAAUUCGAGCAACUGUACAAAUUGACCUUGGGGUUUUGUCCAAUCUCAUUCUUGAAGAAAAGUUUGGGUCAAUUUUGGUGCAAAAUGGAUAAUCUGGUGGAAUCAGGACAAGCUAGAUCCGAGAAUUGCGGAGCAAAAAUGGGAAAUGAUUUUCACCAAUUUGACGAUGAAAUAAUAUUAUCAGCUGCAUCGAACUCUGGAAGUUCUUUUACUGCAUUACUCGGUCUCCCAGCAAAUCAAGCAGUUGAGCUAUUAUUAGUUCACUCACCAGAAACAACAACAACAACAAUUGACAAAAUGACAGCAUCAUCAGACAAUAAUAAUAGUAAUAAUAAUAAUAAUAAGCUCGUUGCUGCAAGUGAAGUUCAACAUCAUACACCACCUUAUUAUCCUUAUCCUACUCCACCUCCGAUGUUUCCUUCGGAUACUGCUUUGAUUGACAGAGCAUCAAAGUUCUCUGUCUUUGCCGGGAAUUCCCUGGAAUCUAAUUCGACCCUUUCGAAUUCCGGGGAAAACUUAAUGUUAGUGAAGCAGGAACCAAUAGAUUCUGAAUUUAAGAAUCAGAAUUCGUCUCCGGUGAGUUCUAAUCCAUUGGUUAAUCAGAAAACAACUAAGAGAAAGGAAAGGGAGAAGAAGGUAAAAGAAACUACUAAAAAGGAAAAAAAAUCAGCAAACAAUACCUCGGAAGACGAGAAGUUACCAUAUGUUCAUGUUCGAGCUCGUCGAGGCCAAGCUACUGAUAGCCAUAGCUUAGCAGAAAGAGCAAGGAGAGAGAAAAUUAAUGCUAGGAUGAAGCUACUUCAAGAGCUGGUCCCAGGAUGUAAUAAGAUCUCAGGUACUGCAAUGGUGUUGGAUGAGAUAAUCAACCAUGUACAAUCCCUACAGCGUCAAGUGGAGUUCUUAUCAAUGAGACUUGCUGCGGUUAACCCGAGAACUGAUUUCAACCUCGACAGUCUCUUUGCAGCAGAAAGGAGUGGUUCCCAUGUGGAGAGUAACUUACCAGACAUGGUUGUUCCACCUAUCUGGAUCGAGGGACAAACAAGCGGAAACAGAAACCAGUAUCAAAAUCUAUGGCAUGUUGAAGGGUUCCAUCAGCCUGUCUGGGGAAGGAUAGAAGACAACUCUAGCUUUGUUACCCCAGAGAACUCACUUUUGACAUAUGAUUCCUCAGCAAAUUCAGCAUCUUUACACCCAAAUCAUCAACUGAAAAUGGAGCUAUGAAAGCAGAAGCAAGUCUUUUACUAGUGGUUAGCUGUAUAUAUAUCGGACAUAUUAGUUGAUAGCAGCCGGUGGCGGACAAGAGAGUUCUCAAGAAUUCAGAUUUCGGGUUUCACCUUCCUCUAAUGAAACAGCAGGGAGAAACUCUAGAUUGAUAUCUGUUAGAGAGGGAUAAAAAUUACUUGUAUCCCUUAUUUCUAUUUAUAUAUUAUAACAUAUAUAUUUAUAUGUAUGCCAUGCGGAAAGAUGCUUGUCUAUACGAACGUAGGUUCGUUCAAUCUGAUACUUGGUACGACAGAUGAUUGAUUGAUUGAUUCAUCGUUGUAAAACAAGAAUGGACUAGUGGUUACUACAUUGUUAUGCAGAGAAAGCUUUGCGCUA